AUGGUCGCAAUCCACAUCGCGGCAGAUGUACCACAGAAUCACGUAGAGGAUCAGCAGGAUGGCGAAGAUGAACAAAGCCACCAGGAUAGCCUUGGUCACCGGAGAGAUGAGGGACUGCAUGUCACCCGCGGACCGCCGCCGAGGACAGACGACUCGAGAACUACACGGGGGCAGCGAGCGCGGACGGAUCCCGCGGCCCCGCCGCCACCCCCGCCGCCGCCGCCAGCGACCCGGCGGGCACCGGCGGCUGGCGCCGAGCCGGUGGCGGAGUGCCGGGGGCUGCCUCGCUCAGCGCCCCCGCUGCGGCGCUCGGGCGGGCGCGGCGGCUCCCGGGCGGGCGGGACGGGGCGGCGCGCACGGACAGCGCGGCGCGGCGGGGCGCCCGGCCAUGGGCUCCGCGGCCCCGCCGCGGCUUCAAGCCCGCCCUGCGGCGGCGGCGGAGUGCGGCCGGGCGCCGGCAAACUUAGGCGCGGGGGCGGCCCAUGGGGGACAGGUGUCAAGCGCCCGGUUGCCCUGCAGGUCUCCGACGAAAGCCAUCCACGGCGGAGGGAAAGUUGCGGGCGGGACGCGGCGGGCGCCGCCGCCCCCGGCCCCAGAGGGAGCGUGCGGGGGCAGAGGGAGCCGCGGGCAGCGCGGGCAGCCCGGCCGCGACAGCCUGGGACCGCGCCGGCCGGCGUGUUCCGCCCAGCCGAGCGAAAACCCAGUAUACGGCAUCAGCCUCCGGCUCCCGAAGCUAUCCCGCCUCCCAGCUGGAAGGAGGGCCCUGGGGCGCGGCUGCCCGAGCGCGCUGGGGCGGUGGCCCGGCCCCGGGGCGGUGCCGCCCUUGCCGCCACAGGAACAGCUGCGGCGGUGCUUGGAGAGGCUGUCGGCAGCGCGUGGUGUGUGUGUGUCUGUGAGCUUGUGGGGCGGGCAGCCAUGUGGCGCUGGAGGCUCCUUCUCUUGCCGGUGCUCCUCGCUGUCCUGUUCUCCGUCAGAGGCCAAGAUGAAUUUUCCUUAGAAGAUGCACUUUUGGGAGAAAGUACAAAGAAGCCUCUUGUAACUCAGAAGACACCAUCAUCAAAUAAAGAUGAUUUGGACUUCUCUGACGCUUUUGAUUUUGGUGAUCCCAAGCCACAUCCUCCUGCAAAUCCUAGAGACACUGAUAACCCCAAGAAAGAUCAACCUAAAGACUCUGACAAAUUUGAUGAUUCAGAUCUAUUGGAUGGCGGUUUCCCAAGAGGAGGAGGAGGCGAUGGCAGUGGCAGCAAUGAACGGAAGGGUCCAACUCCAAAUAGUGACCAAGAAGGUGAAGGUUCUCAGGGAGUAUUAGCUGGAAUUAUAAGUGCUGUGGGUGCUACUGUAGUUGCAUCAGUAGGUAGUUUCAUUGCUUACCAGAAGAAGAAACUCUGUUUCAAGCAAAGCGAUGAAGAGAAUGUGAAUAUGGAUAGCCACAGGGGAGCACAAUCUGAGCCACCUGUUCAGCGCACACUUCUGGAGAACUAAAUUAAAGGAAGAGUGGUGAAGAACAGAUCUUUGGAACUGGAUAAACAAUCUGCAUUCUGUCAAAAAAAAAAAAGAAAAGGAAAGGAAA